AAACAUGCCAAGGGGCAGGAUCUACUUAAAAAAGUCUGCGACCACCUCAAUCUCCUGGAAGAAGACUACUUUGGUUUGGCCAUAUGGGACACGCCGACCUCAAGGACAUGGCUCGAUCCUGCCAAAGAAAUCAAAAAACAGGUUCAUGGAGGCCCCUGGGAUUUCACCUUCAACGUCAAGUUUUACCCACCGGAUCCAGCACAACUGACAGAGGACAUCACCAGGUAUUACUUGUGUCUUCAGCUUAGACAAGACAUCAUCACGGGGCGGCUGCCCUGUUCCUUUGCUACUCUGGCUCUGCUGGGUUCAUACACAGUCCAGUCCGAGUUGGGGGACUAUGAUCCUGAUCUGCACGGCCCAGAUUACAUCAGUGAAUUUAAAUUGGCCCCAAACCAAACUAAAGAGCUCGAGGAGAAGGUUGUGGAGCUUCAUAAAACGUACAGAUCCAUGACUCCAGCCCAAGCAGACCUGGAAUUUCUUGAGAAUGCAAAAAAGCUGUCAAUGUAUGGAGUCGACCUUCACCACGCCAAGGACUUGGAAGGAGUGGACAUCACUCUCGGAGUCUGUUCCAGUGGCCUUCUUGUUUACAAAGAUAAACUGAGAAUCAACCGCUUCCCUUGGCCCAAAGUCCUGAAGAUUUCCUACAAGCGCAGCAGCUUCUUCAUUAAGAUCCGGCCAGGGGAGCAAGAACAGUAUGAAAGUACAAUUGGCUUCAAACUACCAAGUUACCGGGCAGCAAAGAAGCUGUGGAAAGUAUGUGUUGAACACCACACGUUCUUCAGGCUGACUUCCACAGAGGCCAUCCCAAAGAGCAGGUUCCUGGCGCUGGGCUCCAAGUUCCGCUACAGCGGGCGGACGCAGGCGCAGACGAGGCAGGCGAGCGCCCUGAUCGACCGCCCCGCGCCCCACUUCGAGAGGACAGCCAGCAAGAGAGCCUCCAGGAGCCUCGACGGAGCUAAACGUGCGACUCAAAAAGUUGAGUUCAGAGCCGUAGAGGAGGAGAAGCAGGAGGAGGUGGUGGUGGUUGAGGUUCCUGAACCAAAACCCACGGAUCAGAUCCGAGAGAAGCCAGCAGUGGCCGUGAUAACCCCCGAGAGGAGUCCCCGUCCCACCUCUGCCCCAGCCAUCGCCCAGAGCCACGCUGCAGAACCAGCCCCAGCUAAGCCUGACGUGAAGGACACGGUGGCCACAGCUAAAGUGGAAAAGCAAGCAGUGAAACCUGACCUGAGACGGGAAGAAAUGGCCCCGGAGAGAGCCAGGGCGGAGCCGGCUCUUGUUGACUAGAAAAGAUCAAAGAGGCUAGAUGGUGAAAACAUUUAUAUCAGGCAUAGCAAUUUAAUGUUGGAGGAUCUAGAUAAAACCCAGGAAGAAAUCAAGAAGCAUCACGCCAACAUCAGUGAGCUGAAGAAGAACUUUAUGGAGUCCGUCCCGGAGCCUCGGCCGAGUGAAUGGGACAAACGUUUGUCCACUCACUCCCCGUUCCGAACCCUCAACGUCAACGGGCAGAUUCCCCUGGGAGCAGAUGGACCACCACUAGUGAAGACACAGACGGUCACCAUCUCCGACGUGUCCAGCGCUGUCAAAAGUGAAAUCCCCACAAAAGAAGUCCCCAUUGUCCACACGGAGACAAAGACCAUCACCUAUGAAGCUGCACAG